CUUAACAGAACGAACAGACCAUCAUCGUCUCAAUAACCCCCCAUAUACCCAGAUUUACACUCAAACCCCCAAAAUGAAGGUUGUUGGUGCUCCAUCCGAUCGACUGGACAACCGCCCUACACAACCUCCACAACCCAACAGGCCAGUCAUAGACCUCGCUCGGCCCGGAAUUUGCACUUGCUCGAACGUCAUGGACUGUCGCGCCUCCCUACGGCGUUUAUCCUCGUUUCACCUACCCUCGAUGCAGGGCUCUCAUCCUCGUCUCAGCCUGUCGCCACAGCCAGGGUUGGACUAAAUCCGUUCCAUGACCCUGGAAUCGGUCGGCGAUGGGUCCCCGGGAGCGUCGAGAGACGGUUUGUUUCAUGCUUUGUUGGUGGUGGAUGUCUGCAGCUCGUCUGGCCCUUGGUUUCUACAUAUAAACUGGCCGGGCACCGACCCUUCAUGGCCCUCUUCUUUUGUUUCUUGCUUCAAUCAGUCAACCCUUCAAUUUCCACCAGCCCGUUUCCUAUUCUUCGCUUUUUUUCCUAGUCCUCUCUCUCGUCUCGGGUUAUUUCAAUUCAUUUCCUAUCGACACUACGCUCUAUCCUCCUGGUGAGGUCCUUAAUACGUAAUCCGCUUUCGUUCAACCAUCUCCACUCUUCUCAUUCGACCACACGCACUCUCUCACAUCCGCACUUCUUAUUACACCUAUCCACACUUUCGUUCGACCAUCUUCCUGGGCGACCCAUCCGCACUUUCGUUCGACCAUCUCCAGGGCAAAUACCAUGCCCAAAACCAGCCGCGCUUCAGUCAGCCAAGGUCAAUACCGCUCGAUUCCCGUCGCUAUCGCAGACCAGACAGCCCAACAGCACUACUACCCCAUCACCACCACCGCAACCAUGCAGUCCAACCUCGGACCCCAGCGCAUGACCCACAUGCACCAACAAGCACCCUCAUACAUCUCCAACCCCCCGAUUCUGGCAUCAGCACCCCAAUACAUCCCACAGUCCGCCCCGAUCCCCAUCUCUACCCGCUCCUCCUCCGGCGCCUGGGCCCCAGAGGACGACAUCACGCUCAUGACGGCGCGCACGCAGGGCCAGAACUGGGGACAGAUCCAGGACGCCUACUUCCCCAACAAAACUGCCAACGCGUGCCGCAAGCGCCAUGAGCGGCUCAUGGACCGCCGUAACUCGGAGGACUGGGACACGCUCAAGUUCGAGGCGCUGGGGAAGGAGUACAUGGCCAUGCGCCGUGAGAUCUGGAGCCCGCUCGCCGAGCGCACCGGCGACAAGUGGGCCGUUGUCGAGGCUAAGGUUCUCGGAAGCGGUCUCAAGAACCUUCAAUCUGCAGCGCGCGCCUCUACCCGCCGUGCCCGGCUCUCAGCUUCGCACGACGGCCAGAACGCACCCCCAUCCUACACCGACGACAGCGCGAUCGAGAUCGAAGACCUGGACGGGCAAGACUUCAGCGUCAGCCCCGACACGGACUGCGGCUUCGACCCGACACGCCAGCAGCAGCAGAUGCAGAUGAUGGGUGCGCAGAUCCACCAACAGCAACAACAACAGAUGAUGCGCGAGCAGCAGCAGCAACAGCAACAGCAACAGCAACAUCGCCGGAAUAGACAGUACAUAGGGGGACAGGUCAUGCAUGGACGCGGACACAGCCAUCACAACAGCCUCGGGAGCGCGACAAGCGAGCGGAACAUGGGCAUCCCGAGCAUCAUUAAUAGAGGACCGGCCGGAGUUUAAAGAGGGGCAGGGGAGGCAUCAUCGUUAUAUCUUUUUUUGGCAUUUUUUUUUCCCUUUUGGUUCGACAUUUUCAUUUGUUCAUUUUUUUCCUUUGUCUAUUUUUCAUUUGUCCUUUGUACGAUUACGAAUUUGCUGAAUAGGCGUUCGGAGCAUUGUGUCUGUAUUGUACAGUCAGCGGGUUGUGAUGCUAUUCAUUCUGGCGCAGAGGCGGCGGCGGCGUAACGUGGCGAAAAAUUGGCAAUAUCCAUGAGAACGAGUGAGCGAGAGAGAAGAGGAAGGAAAGAAAGAAAGAAAGAAAGAAA